AUGGAGCUCUCGAUCUCGCAAUCACCGCGUCUUCGUUUCUCGCCUCGUUUUUUAGCUGCUUCUCAUCAUCAUCAUUCGUCGCAUUUAGCUGGGAAGUUUAUAAGUCGCUCUACAGAUGUUGCCUUCACGAGCUUAUCAACUUCGAGAAUGCGGUCCAAAUUUGUUUCAACUAACUAUAGAAAAAUCUCGAUCCGGGCAUGUUCUCAGGUUGGUGCAGCUGGAUCGGAUCCAGUUCUGGAUAAAAUUGCGCGUUUCCAAAAUGCUUGCUGGAGAUUUCUCAGGCCCCAUACGAUCCGUGGAACAGCUUUAGGAUCCACUGCCUUGGUGGCAAGAGCAUUGAUAGAGAACACUCAUCUCAUAAAAUGGAGCCUCGUACUCAAGGCACUCUCAGGUCUUCUUGCUCUUAUAUGUGGAAAUGGUUAUAUUGUUGGCAUCAAUCAGAUCUACGACAUUGGAAUUGACAAAGUGAACAAACCAUACUUGCCAAUAGCAGCAGGAGAUCUCUCAGUGCAGUCUGCCUGGUUGUUGGUGUGUUUUUUGCAUUGCAGGGCUGUUGUUGUCGGAUUCAACUUUGGUCCAUUCAUUACUUGCCUAUACUCUCUUGGCCUUUUCCUGGGAACCAUCUAUUCUGUUCCACCAUUUAGAAUGAAAAGAUUUCCAGUUGCAGCAUUUCUUAUUAUUGCCACGGUACGAGGUUUCCUUCUUAAUUUUGGUGUGUACCAUGCUACAAGAGCUGCUCUUGGACUUCCGUUUCAGUGGAGUGCGCCUGUGGCUUUCAUCACGUCUUUUGUGACAUUGUUUGCACUGGUCAUUGCUAUUACAAAAGAUCUUCCUGAUGUUGAAGGAGAUCGCAAGUUCCAAAUAUCAACACUAGCAACAAAGCUUGGAGUGAGGAACAUUGCAUUCCUCGGUUCUGGACUUCUGCUGGUGAACUAUAUCUCUGCCAUAUCACUAGCUUUCUACAUGCCUCAGGUUUUUAGAGGUAGCUUGAUGAUUCCUGCACAUAUGAUCUUGGCUUCGUAUCUUGAUUUUCCAGGUAAUGCAUCCCAAGUCUGA